ACAGUUACCAUUUAUGAACGUGGCAAAUGGGAUACAGUUAAGGCUUAAGACGACUGUUUUCUACUUAGAUCAGAUAGACUAAUCUCUCUUUUUAUGCAGUGAUUUUUAGACGAGAACAUGCAUCCAGACUCCAACACUGAGUUCGACUCAUCGUCCAGCUGUAGCACAGCAUCGCCUGGCGGGGACACCCCUGGGUGCAGCCAGCAUCCUCCUGACUCGCUUUCAUCAUCAGUGGACAGCGCAAAGGAUACUGAGACCAGCGGAGCAGACUCCUUUGUUCCGACUGUGACUGCAAUCUCAACCUCGCCGGGUCUCAUGUGGAUGGUGCAGCCGACAGUCAUCACAUCUGUCUCCCCAUCGGCCGGCCGAGCAAAGACCAAAACUCACGGCUCGUCCAAGUCGUCUUCCCCGGCAGGUGCAAAAAAGACAAAGCCCUCCAACAGGAAAGGGCUGAAAGACAAGGCGUCCAAAGAGGAGGAGGAAAGGAGGAGGAUCAGGAGGGAGAGGAACAAAAUUGCUGCAGCAAAGUGUCGUAACAGACGGAGGGAGCUGAUAGACACUCUGCAAGCUGAAACGGACAAUCUCGAAGACGAGAAGUCUGCCCUCCAGACGGAGAUAGCAGAGCUGAUGAAGGAGAAGGAGAGACUGGAGCAAGUCUUGAUCUCCCACCAACCAUCCUGCAAGCUCCCUGCAAAUGACAAUGACGAUGAAGAUGAUGAGGAGAAAGAUAAUGAAGAUGAUGCUGACACAAUGCUGCAGGAUCCUCCGGCUUCCCCACAGCUCCUGUCCAUCUUAGAGGAUGAAAAAAGCCCAGAGAGCACUGCAGCCAUAGAAGAAGCAUCUAUUGGCCAAGACAUGGACAGUGUCCCUUGCAUCCCUGCUGCAGCCAUUUUGGGGAACUCCAACAUCCUGCUGUGUUCGAGUGCAGAGGAGGAGGAUCUGGAGGAUUUAAGAGGAGAUGACUUGGAUGACUUGGUGCCCAGUCUGGAGAUGGCAGAGACUACAGAGAUGGCUGCAUCCGUCCCUGACAUUGACCUGAGCGGGCCCUUCGGCCUCUCAGACUGGGAAACGCUGUACAAGUCUGUGGCCAAUGACCUUGAAACGUUGAGCUCUCCAGUCAUGUCUUCCAGUCCCACUUGUAGCAAUUACCGCUCAGUGUUCUCGUUUAAUUACUCUGAGAUUGAUUCCUUCGCCGAGGGCUUCGAGAGCCUCAAAGGCAGCCUGGGUGCGUCUGAGUCGAUGAAAGAUAGUCUUAACUCUCCGACACUUCUGGCCUUGUGAAUGCAAAACAAAUUAUGCAAAGUUCUAACCAGCCAGCAAGCUAUGAUAUCUCCCUCGAAAAACAAUGUUUUGUAGUGUGAGUUUUGAUGUUGUGUAAAACUGAACAUCAGAGGUUGUGUACAUGACAUGUUUAAUGUGACUGUAACAGGGUUGACUUCCUCCAUACUGCUAGUGCAAUUCUCUGUGGUGAGACUUUGCGCUGGCGACAAAAAUGCAUGCAAAUACAAGUCAUCUGUAAUCCAAGAAGAGGUGGUAUCUUGUGUUUCUAAAUGUGAUGUGAAGUUAGAUCAUGUUUAAUAGACUAAUGUAUGUGUAAUGCUGUUGAAAAAGUUGUGUUGUAACAAGUGAAAUAGCAGGGUUACUAAUGUGUAGUGUGAAGGUGUCACAUCUUGCUGUAAGGUGUCCCCUAACAUGAUAUUUCCUUUCAAGUUUUUCCAUUAAAAAAAGAUCACUUCAUGUAUUUUAUCGAGAUGUAUUUUAUGACAUAGUUUAUUUUUGUACUUAUCAAAUAUGAUCAGAUGCAAAAAUUGUAUAACGCUGGAAUUAAAAUAUA